AUGCAGCCAGAACCCAGGGAGGGACUGCCCGGGAGCAGGAAUAUGUGGUUCCUGAUGCGAGCUUUGCCGCCUGGAACGGGCUCCGCCAGCCACCCGUGCCCGUCUCCUCGGGCACUCCUCGCGCCUGCAGGAGCCCCAGUGGCCGGUGUCAGCCUCGUCUUGGACGUGAUUUUUCCGGUGUGCUCCUGCACGUUGGGGAUGCUUAAAGAAGCCCGCCGGGGCACCGGCGCUGGGCAAGUCGCCCCCGCCCCCUCCCCCGGGCUCGGGUUGCCCAGCUCCGCGGCGAUGGCAGGUGGCGCGCUCUCCAGCUCCCUCCUGGUCACCUGCUGCCUGAUGGUGGCUCUGUGCAGUCCGAGCAUCCCGCUGGAGAAGCUGGCCCAGGCGCCCGAGCAGCCCGGCCAGGAGAAGCGCGAGCACGCGUCUCGCGACGGCCCGGGGCGGGUGAGCGAGCUCGGGCGCGCGGCGAGGGACGAGGGCGGUGGCGGCCGGGACUGGAGGAGCAAGGGCGGCCGGGGGCUCGCGGGCCGCGAGGCGUGGAGCAAGCAGAAGCAGGCCUGGGCUGCCCAGGCCGGGAGCAGCAAGGCCGCGGACUUGCAGGUCCGGCCACGCGGGGACACCCCGCAGUGGGAGCCGUCCGCCGCCCAGGAAGCCAUCAGCCUGGAACUCGCGCCCACGCCGGAGCUGCCCGAGGAGUACGCGUACCCGGACUACCGCGGGAAGGGCUGUGUGGACGAGAGCGGCUUCGUGUACGCGAUCGGGGAGAAGUUCGCGCCGGGCCCCUCGGCCUGCCCGUGCCUGUGCACCGAGGAGGGGCCUCUGUGCCCCCAGCCCGAGUGCCCCAGGCUGCACCCGCGCUGCAUCCACGUCGACACCAGCCAGUGCUGCCCGCAGUGCAAGGAGAGGAAGAAUUACUGCGAGUUCCGGGGCAAGACCUACCAGACUUUGGAAGAGUUCGUGGUGUCCCCCUGCGAGCGGUGCCGCUGUGAAGCCAACGGUGAGGUGCUGUGCACAGUGUCGGCGUGCCCCCAGACGGAGUGUGUGGACCCCGUGUACGAGCCCGACCAGUGCUGCCCCAUCUGCAAGAACGGCCCAAACUGCUUUGCAGAAAUGGCUGUCAUUCCAGCUGGCAGAGAGGUGAAGACCGACGAAUGCACCAUAUGUCACUGUACUUAUGAGGAGGGCACGUGGAGGAUUGAAAGGCAGGCCAUGUGCACGAGACACGAAUGCAGACAAAUGUAAACAACUCACAGUAUGAAAACUUGUGCUUUUUUGGACCAUUUUACUGAUGUGAAAUGCUAGACUCUCUUGGAAAUAUCAAUCAGAAGGAGAAGACUUUCUGUAAGGAAACGUGGAAAAUGGUACUUUUACUUUUCUUGGUAACAGUUAUUUCAAGAGAAGGAUAUGGAUGUAUUUCAAAACAUCAUAAACUUUGGGCAUAAAAUCCCUCUCUAAAUAAAUGUGCUAUUUUCACAGUAAGUACACUAAAGUACACUACUAUAUAUUAAAUGUAUUUCUAUAAUCCCUCUAUUAGAGAGCUUAUAAAUGUUUUCUAUAGAUGCAGAUUAAAAAUGCUGUGCUGUCAACCGUC